AUGCCUCUUAUCGAUAUUACGAAUCCGGACGUUAUAAAAUUUCUCGUUGAAAGUUAUGAUAAGACAGCACGACUUCGUAUGAAAUGGAACAGUUUAUAUGGAGAAAAGUUAAAAGAAGCAGCUACCUUACAGCGGGAAGAAAAAGGAUAUUUUGAAACAGAUGUAUUGAAAGAAGCCAUGGCGGCUGGAAUGCUUACAAUAACAAGAGAUCAUAAGUCUGGUUUCCGAAACAGAAGACAAACACCUAUUCGUGAUGGUUUGUUUAUACCCACUACGGCGCAUUUAAGAAAAGGCCAUUCAAUUGUCGAUAUUGGGAUAGGAGACCCUAAAGAUGACCCUAGACUAUCACGACCUGACACUGACUUACAUACAGAUCCAAUCAUGCGACCUAUCGACCCUAAGCAAAACGCUAUAAUUUACAAAGGCAUCCCAUACUUCGGGCGUAAAGUGUACUUGAAAUCAAGACAUAAAAUGUUACCUGAAAAUAAAUUCUACUUCACUCAAUCUGGUUCAACUGAACACGGCUGGAGACUGAAAGAUAGCUACUUUAGCAAAAAUUCCCCACAGUAUGCUCGUGUAUGCCGUCUCACUCGCGAUGUUAUGAGCCGCAGCGGUCCUCAUCCUGAUCCACCUCAUUAUGGUAGCUCCGACGAGCCGACUAACCAGAAGUGUACAUCUUGA